AUGCUAGCGAGAGCUGGCCAGCCCCCCCGUUCCGCAACUGCCAGUGGCACCUGGGAUGAUAGCGUUCUGAAAUCAAACAUCACGCGUCCCCGUCACGCAGGGAAAUUCUCCGCGCCGAGAAUGGACGACCGUGCAUCCGGUGGUAGACCAACAACUUUUCAGAACAACCAACCCUCGUUCCCGAUGCCCUCGCUGGGAUAUGAGACUGCUGAGAACGAUAUCACACUAGCCAUGCGUGGAAUGACCGUAGAAGACGACUUUUCCGGCCGUCAACCUGUCGUGCCAGUUCCGCCACAAGUCUCCACUUCUCGGACAUCGCCGCUGCCUCAACAACCACGGUAUGGUGGCUACGACUACGGGUAUUACUCUCCUGGACGCGAAGCCUUUCCUGAAUACGCAUACUACGCAAGUCCAGAUCUCAAUGCUUACCGACCGCCGAUGUCUCCGUAUACCGCUGUUGCACCAGCCCCUUCGUCUGACCCAAGGCAACCUGUCUUUUUCGACUACAACUCCCCUCCGCCGUUCUACUAUCCAACCUCUCCCAUGCUUUAUCAGCCCCCGUCACCCAUGCUUCCAUCGCAACUGCCUUCAACGCCGGUUACAAUGACUGAGAAGAAGAUUGAGAUGCAGCACAAUUUGCAACAACAGCUCGCCUCGCGCAAUAUGAUGUUUCCGCCGCUCUCUCCCAUGGGUUAUCCUCCUCAGCUAGAUUAUGGGAACCAAAUGCUCAAUAUGUACGGUGGUGGGCCUGGGUUUGGUAUGAUGGCGCGCGGAAAUCGCCGAUUCGAAACCCAAACACUCUCGUCCAAGAUGUUGGACGAGUUUCGUGCGGCAAAGGGCAAGAAAUGGGAGCUCAAGGACCUCAAAGGUCAUAUCGUCGAAUUCAGCAGCGAUCAACAUGGGUCACGUUUCAUUCAAACCGAGCUCAAUGACGCCACAAGUGAAGAAAUCCAAAGUGUAUUCGAUGAAAUCGUCCCCGACAAUACCUUACACCUAAUUCAAGAUGUUUUCGGUAAUUAUGUAAUACAGAAGCUACUGGAGCAUGGUACCCAGGCCCACAAAGACGCCCUUGUUGGUGCCAUGGAAGGCCAUAUCAUCUAUCUAUCGUCCAAUGUCUAUGGCUGCCGCGUCGUGCAAAAAGCUUUUGAAUGUGUAACUCCAGAGCAGCAAGCCAAGUUUGUCCAAGAACUCGAGCCCCAUAUUCUCAGAUGUGUCAAAGAUUCGAACGGGAACCAUGUCAUUCAGAAGGUCAUCGAACGAGUUUCUCCCGACCGACUUGGUUUCAUUUCAACCUUUAUCGGCCACGCUCAUGAGCUUGCUUCUCAUCCAUUUGGCUGUCGUGUCUUGCAACAAUGUCUCCGUCACCUUCCCGAACCAUACACCCGGCCACUUCUCGAUGAACUGCUUAAAAGUCAUACGGCUAAUCUCAUGCAAGAUCAAUUCGGGAACUAUGUCGUCCAGUUCAUCCUGGAGAACGGAUUGCCCCGCGACCGAGCAUCCAUCAUUACUCAGCUUCGUGGGCGCAUGCUAUCAAUGGCGCGCCAUAAGUUCGCCUCCAAUGUUUGUGAGAAGGCGAUGAUCUUUGGCGACUCAGAUGGUCGUAAGGCGAUGAUCGAGGAACUGAUGGGACCAGCUUUGCGACCCGACGGCCCGACGCCAAUUGGGUUACUCAUGAAGGACCAAUACGGCAACUACGUUCUCCAACGAGCGCUUUCCGUCGCGGAAGGCGAGCAGAAAGAGGCCCUCAUUAAUGCUAUUCGUCCCCAACUGGCUACUAUGCGCAAACAUGCGACUGCUUACAGCAAACAUCUUACCUCUAUCGAACGGGAAUUGCAGAAACACACACCCAAGCCCGAUUGUGCAUAA